CUUCCUACUUCCAAGGACACUCUUUUCUUCUGCAACCUCCGUUGAAGCUUCUUGAUUUUCUCUCCUCACAAGAAACCCCUCACUUCACCAUGCCUCUUCGGAAAUCUCUCUUCACCUUCCUCUCGCGCAACUUCGCUUCCUCUUCCUCCGCCGCCGCCGCCAGGAAGCUUCCAGUAAUCCGAGGAACCAACAACAUUCACCCCAUUCACAAGCCCAGAGCUCUCAAGGAAGCUCAGAAAGCCCUAACCGACUAUCUCCACUGCACCAGAGGAUUGCCCUUCAUCUUCGCCGAGUUGAUCGCCGCCAAUUCUCUCUUCGCCCUCUCCGACCUCAUUCGCAAGAUUCGCUUCUCCGCUUUCACCUUCUCCGAAAGCUUUGAAAGCCUCAUCAGGUAUCAUCCCAUUAACGAAUUCGAAUUUUUCCUCGAAAGCAUUGGCAUAGCUCGCGACGAAGUUCCUUUCUUUUUGCCAAAGAACAAGUUUUUCUUUUCCGAGGAUUUGAAUAUUCUAGAUGCUUCUUUAGCGCUUAUUCAGUUUGGGUUUCCGUGGAAUAAGUUGGGGGUUUUGUAUAAAGAGGAAGGUUCGAUUUUUAGCAUGUCUUCUAAUGAGUUAGUUGAGAGGUUUCGCGUGUUUAAGCAGUACUUUGGCAUUGAUAAUCUUCGUGUGGUUGGUAUUUGCUUGGCUUUCCCUUACUUGUUGACUGUGGAAGGCGAAUUGGGUAGUUGUAUCGAGGCGAUUUUCGAGGAUUUGGAAAUGGUUUUUCUGAAUUUUGAAAUGGCAAGUUGUUCUGUGGAGGAAAAUGUGGAUGCUUGGUAUAAGCUUUGUAGGAAAGUUAAGGUGUUUUAUGAGUUGGGUUGCGUGAAGGGGAAAGUAGGAGAACUAAUGUGUAAGAGGAAAGAGCUUAUUUUUCCAUGUCCAAAAGAGGCUUUGGUUCGAAAAGCAGAGUACUUUUGUAAAUUCGGUGUUAGAAAGGAUGAUGUGGGAUUGCUACUUCUUGAGAGUCCAGAAGUUUUGAAUCUUGACUUGGAAACACCGGUGAUAUCGGUGUUAGGAUUUUUGGAACACUUUAGAUUGGACAAGAAAGAAUUGCAGUUCGUAGGCGAAAAGUACCCUCAUGUGUUGGGUAGAAAUAAAAUGGCUAAUCUACCUCAUGUAAUGAAAGCUUUGAGUCUACGUGAAUGGUGCUUCAACAAAAUUAGGAAAACUAACGGUCGGUUAUUGGCAACGUAUGCCAUCAGUGGCCCUGAUGAAGAUGUGGAUAAGGAGUUCGUAGAUGCCUUGGAGAGGAUCAAAUCUUCAAGGUGGGCGACUCAUGCAAUGAGUAAAGUGGAUUUCUUGAGAGGAAUCGGGUUUGGAGAGAAUGGUUCAACUGUAAAGGUUCUAAAGUACUUGCACGGGACUAGAAGUGAGUUGCAGGAACGGUUUGAUUGUUUUCUUCGACUAGGUAUUGAACACUCAAAGGUUUGUUUGAUGAUAAAAAUGGAGCCUCAUAUACUUAGUAUAAGCCCAGAACUAUUAGAACAGAAGGUGAAUUUUCUGUGCCAUGAAAUGGGAUCUUCUUUACAAUACCUUGAAGGUUUCCCAGGAUUUUUGUCGUAUGACUUGGAAACACGGAUUAAACGCAGAUACAGACUUUAUGUUUGGCUUAGAGAGACGGGCUUGUCUACCAAGAGAUACUCUAUUGCGAGCAUGCUUUCUGCCACUGAAAAGAAGUUCAUAAUACGCCUUCUUAAAAUUCACCCAGCUGCUGCAAAACAGUAUUUAGAGUGUUUCUAAUAUGAAAAACACCUGUCAUUGAUUGUGAGGAGACAUCUUUGACUUGAGCCUUUUAACAUUGUGUCCAGAAUAUCGUCGGGAAGCUUAUCUGAUAACGAGACCUUUAAAAUUGCCCCUUCAUGGAUGAUUUAUGUGCUUCUAUUUAAUGUCCGGCAGGGUGAUCAUGAGUUUGCCUCCCUAGAAUUCUUGUUCUCAAAUACCAACACCGGAUUCUUUUGCUUGCAUUUUUAGGACUGCAGCAACUGGGGUUGCUGACGAUCCUAUGGCUGAGAUUUACUUUUGAUCGAGUGUUUUUCGCAUAUAUGAACAUUGUUGUUCUGCUCUAUUGUUGUGUGGUAUCAAAAGCAGAUCUCAUGUCUUGUUUCCCUCCAAAAAAGUGGGUACAGAAUUGAGAAUUCUCUGGAAGGCGGGAUAGAUGCAUCUGUAAAUGUGUUUGCAAUGCCAGUGCAUCAUGAAUAAUGGUGGCAAUCUGUAUGAUGAAGUUCAUUUCUACGCCUUCUAAACGAUCAAUUACCAUCAAUACUUCUCUUGCAUAUUUGGGUUUGAAUGAUCAUUUAGCUUGAUUGUGCAACCUCCAAAAUUGUUCUUUUCCGGAAUUACUCGUAUAACGAAAGAGGAACCCUUCGAGCCCAAUGCAGAUUUUUGCAAGUGUAGUGCUGCAAACUGAAGUGAGUAUUGGAGAAUUGGGGGGUCAUAUAUUUUAAUAUUGUUCAAAAUAGCAUUUUUGACUUUAUCAUUGAGCAAUUUGGUUGAGAUCAGCUCUCGUAAUGUGCUUGGGAGGAGAGAGAAAAGCUUUAUGUGUUUUAGCGCCUUGAAAAUAUCAGAAAGCAGUUCAUGGUAGCUUUCCAAUGUCUUGUUUAAACACGAUUAGCAUCA